AAAAGCGGCCAACACAAUUGAGUGCAAAUCUUUGUCUGUAAAUCACAUUACUUGCUCUUAAGGCCGAUUCACCAAUGUUUAACCACUCGCAGAACGACAAAGAACUACCAAAGCGACGAAAGAGUAAGCAGCCGCACUAAAUUUGAGAAUGUAUAUACUUAAUUCAGAACAUCAACGAGGAGAAUGUUAUUCUAACAACAACCAGCGUCUGAAAGUAAUCUCUUGAGGUGUUGUGGCAGAGCGCUUUAUGGCGGCACGCGCUGAUCGUGGCCAACCAACCAGACGAGCGGCGAUCGACGAAAGCAGCAGCUGCUUCAACAACGGCAAUGAGCCAAAGCGACCCAGCACUGAGGCGAACCAGUAAGCCAACCUCUUAACAACAAUAGCAACAACAACCACUCUCUGUGGCAAUAACACGACGGUGACGUGCAAAUUGACGCAGGUCAAACCAGAUAAAACCGAAUUAAAUUCGUUUGAUGCGAUUCACUUGGUGAUGGAUAUACAGGCUAAAUAAAAAUUACAAAAACAACAACAGCAACAACUUAAUGAAUGACAAUGUGUUUGUGUGCGAAAAAAAGCUGUGGACCACGGGGCAAACACCAGCAAAAGUAAUAACAAGAAAUGUAUGCCAACACUAGAACAAAAAAAAAAACGAAAACAACAAAACCCAAAUACAAACAAAUAAUGGCGUAAACUCGUGCGAAAUUUGAACUAAUAAAGGAAAUUCAUGGCGAGCGGGAAGAGUUAAGGCCGGAAGGGAGUUGUUGUGUAUUGUGAAAAGAUAAUUCUUGAAGCACGCCGAUUGAAGUGAGAAAUUCGCGAUUUGUUCAGUUAUUUGCCGCUGAUAUUCCGAAAAGUUCGCAACAAAAUCGUGCAGUCAUCGGUAACCAGUUCUAAACGCCGCAAUACGUACUCACAGGCGAGGGAAAGUGUAAAGAAAGCGUAAAGCCGGAAACGGAAGGCUAACCGCAAUAUUUGAAAACCACACGCGAAAAUAAGUGAGAAAUAAAUAAUAAGUGAGCAAGACCUUCGUGCUGAGAAAUUAUAUUGAAAGUAUAUUAGUAAUGGAAAACGCCGUUUAAAUUGAAAAAUAUAAACUUAAAAUUACUAUUAAAAUAUCUUUUACGUACAUAAAUGUUCGACGAGUGUUGCUAAAAAAAUAUUAUUGGUUUUAAAUAUUUAAAAUAAUACAAGAAAAAUGGCUGAUCACACACCAAACGGCAAUGCCGAAGGUCAGGUUGGCCUCACUAUACCCACCAUCUCGGAGAGUUUAUCUAACACAACUACAACCCAACAGUAUAACGGAUAUCCGCCAAAUACCAACAACAGCACCUCCAAUGCGCCGGCCGAUCCCAAUCACCUGAGCAGCGAAGGUGGCAACCCUGCGUGCCGUAAAAACUCCCGCCUCUCGCUACGCGGUUUCGGACACUUUCUACGCAAGAAUUCGAGGCAGGAGGAUGAACGGAAAUUCAGUUUGGCGCAGCUAACAACGGAAGCAUUGCCCAGAUUAGAUAAUUACAGAAUAUCAAAACGUAAUAUGAAGCGACCAUCGAUUGGAGAACUGCAUGGGGAGCUGCAAGAGCAGAGCAUCCAGAUGCCUGAUCCGCCACCCGAAAGCAAUAGCAAUAUGAUCAAAUUAGGCUGGAUUAAUGGCGUCGUCAUACCAUGCUUACUCAAUAUUUGGGGUGUCAUGUUGUUCCUGCGUCUCAGCUGGGUAGUCGCCGAGUCCGGUAUAAUGCAAUCACUAAUAAUUAUCGCCAUUUCGGCGGUGGUUUGUGUGAUCACCACACUUUCAUUAUCCGCAAUCAGCACCAAUGGUGAGGUGAAGGGAGGCGGUGUCUAUUUCAUAAUUUCACGCUCACUGGGCCCAGAGUUUGGCGCAUCGGUUGGUGUUGUCUUUGCAUUCGCAAAUGCCGUCGCUGCUUCCAUGAACACUAUCGGUUUCUGUGAUUCAUUAAACGAUUUAUUGAAAAGUAAUGGCUUGAAGAUUAUCGAUGGAGGCAUUAAUGAUGUUCGCAUCGUUGGCGUGUGUACGAUAGUGGUGUUGAUUCUCAUUUGCUGCGUGGGCAUGGAGUGGGAGUCGAAGGCUCAAAAUUUCUUGAUCGUAACUAUAGUUUUGGCUAUUUUCAAUUUCCUUAUUGGCGCUGCUAUUGGGCCGCGUGGCGAUGAGGAAGCAAUCGCAAAAGGCUUUGUUGGCUUCUCUUGGAGUAAUUUUAAGGAAAACUUUGGCGGUGACUAUCGCUUUUCAGAGGGCGUUAAUCAGGACUUCUUCAGUGUAUUUUCUAUUUACUUUCCCAGUGUGACCGGCAUACAAGCGGGUGCGAAUAUAUGCGGCGACUUAAAGGAUCCAGGUGCAGCUAUACCUAAGGGCACAUUUUGGGCCCUGAUGAUUUCAAUGGCUUCGUAUGCGCUUUUCGUUUUUUUCGCGGGCGGUGCAGCGGCACGAGAUGCCUCCGGUAAUGUAGCCGAUUUGAUCAAUGGCACAUUAAUCACUUCAGAAUUGGCGUGCAAAGAGAACUUGACUUGCCAAUAUGGCCUGCACAACUCAUACUCAGUUAUGCAACUGAUGUCCAUUUGGGGUCCACUUAUCUACGCCGGCUGCUUCGCUGCGACUUUGAGUACAGCACUAACUAACAUACUUUCAGUGCCGCGCCUUGUUCAAGCCUUGGGAAUAGAUCGCAUAUACCCCGGUUUGAUUUUCUUUUCCAAGCCUUAUGGCAAACAUGGCGAGCCCUACCGUGGUUACGUGCUUACCUUCUUCAUAUCGGCAGGAUUCUUACUUAUCGGCCAGCUGAACGUAAUAGCUCCACUUAUUUCAACUUUUUAUUUGGCUUCUUACGCCUUAAUUAACUUCUGCACAUUCCAUGCAUCAUUCGUAAAACCUCUCGGCUGGCGACCAACAUUUAAGUAUUACAAUACAUGGCUAAGCUUAUUUGGCUUUAUACUUUGCAUUGCGAUUAUGUUCCUAAUCGAUUGGAAAUCUUCUCUCAUCACGUUAGUAAUUAUAUUUGCGCUUUACCUAAUCGUUAUGUAUCGCAAGCCAGAAGCUAACUGGGGCUCCUCAACGCAGGAGCAACAAUAUAAGGCCACACUAACCGCCGUUCAUCGUCUGCAAAACGUCUCCGAUCACGUGAAAAACUACCAUCCACAAAUACUGGUGCUCUCUGGCGAUCCAAGCAGUCGCCCACCGCUAAUUGACUUCGGCAACAUGCUCACCAGACACAAUUCCCUGAUGUUUAUCGGCAAUGUUGUCCCGAUGAAUAUGGGCUACAAAAACCGUUUGAGUGUCAUAAAGGAUGGUCAGAAGUAUUUAGAUGCGCGUAAAAUUAAAUCUUUCUAUAAUGUCAUCGAUGGUCUGUCCAUGGAAGAAGGCGUUAAUGCGCUAAUUAAAGCCACAGGCUUUGGCAAGUUAACACCGAACAUCGUCUUGAUGGGCUACAAAACCGAUUGGGUGCAAUGUCGUCGACAGUGCGUGGAAAGUUACUUCAAUAUUUUAUACAAUACCUUUUCGCAGCGCAUGGGCGUGGUUAUACUGCGUCUACCGAAUGGCUUGGAGUUUUCCGAAUUGAAUCCCGAAAUACCGAUUAAUGGCCGACAUAUGCAUAAUGCUAACGAACUGGGCUAUACGAAUGCGUUAAUGCCGAGCGCAAAUGUCGCUUCGGAAUUGCUGCAUGUGGACUCUAAUUUGAAUUUGGCUGGCAUUGACAGCACCAAUUCGUCGUUCACAGUGUCAAAUGUGCCAUCUAUUCCCAAUAUGACGAGUUCUCGUAAGUAUACCGUAAGUCAGGGUGACGGUAUAAAGUACCUAACGAAAGGUGGUUCCGAAGUACCAAAAGAUGUGCUCGAUGCUGUGACGAUAUUCCUGCGCAAACAGCCCAAGGGUACCAUAGACGUUUUCUGGCUUUACGAUGAUGGCGGUCUAACUAUGUUGCUACCAUAUAUACUCUCACUACGUUCAAAUUACCAAAAUUGUAAAUUACGCGUAUUUGCAUUGAGUCACGGCAAGGACGAGGAAAUGGAGGAAAAGAACAUGGCCAAUCUACUCAAGAAAUUCCGCAUCAAAUUUUCCGAACUAAUAAUGCUUAAGGGCCUGUCAACAAAACCACGCAUGGACACGCUCGUAAAGCACAGACAGCUCAUACAGAGUUAUUGUCACAACUCCGUCAAUGAAAUGCGUCAUCUUGAAGAAGAGCUGCACUCGUUGGAAGAGAAGACUCAACGUCAGCUACGCAUACAUGAAUUAGUUGUGGAGCACUCGUCAAAGGCGACACUCGUCGUUAUGUCUCUGCCUAUGCCGCGUAGGGAAGCAAUAUCAGCUGCGUUAUACAUGUCAUGGCUGGAGAUGCUUACCACCGAUAUUAAAUGUCCUGUAGUUCUGGCUCGUGGCAAUCAAACGCCUGUUUUGACAUUUUAUUCGUAGUUUCGAGUACAAACACACACAAGACGUUUUAUAAAGCGACUACAACAACAUCAAUAACUAAGGCACUUAUUACAACAUACGUUUGUAUGCAUAGAUAUUGAAGAGUAUAUUCAUUUUUGCUUGUAGUAUUAUUAGUUUGUAAUUUGAUAAGCUCAGCAAAUGAAAAAAUAUUAAUGGAAUAUUGAAAAUAAAAAAGUGUUGCUAUUUUACAUCAACAAGGAAA